GCAUUUUAAUAUUUUUUCAUAGUUAACAAUUCUUAUGUAUCAACUAAAAAUACCAUGAUAUGCGUACGUUUUGUGGAAAGAAGACUUUCUGUUUCAAAUAUAAAUAUUCUGCAAAGGACAAUGUCAGCAAUAGAAAAUAAGGUAGCUAAUAUGCGCAUUGAUUACGGUGUCAAUAGCAGCUUUCAAAGUACCCUGCCAUCUAAAGACCCAUAUGAAUGGUUCAAGUUAUGGUUUCAAGAAGCUGUUGAACAUCCUGGCGUAGGUGAGCCGAAUGCUAUGUCUUUAUCAACUGCAUCUAGUGACGGUACACCAUCAUGUAGGUAUGUGUUACUGAAAGGUUAUUCAGACAAAGGAUUUCGAUUCUUUACAAAUUAUUUGAGUCAGAAAGGUCAAGAUUUGACUGAAAAUCCGAAAGCUGCUUUGACGUUUUAUUGGGAACCUCUACGAAUGCAGAUUCGAAUUAAUGGAGAUGUAGAGCGGCUAUCAAACGAAGAGUCAACGGAAUAUUUUCAUUCUCGACCAUUUUCAAGUCAAAUAUCAGCCUUAGUUAGCAAGCAAACGACUGUACUACCGAAGAAUUGGUGUUUAAAAGAUAAGAUGUGCGAACUAACCGAACAAUAUAAAGGAAAGAUUGUUCCAAAGCCUCACUACUGGGGUGGUUAUUUGGUUAAACCGCACUCCUUCGAGUUUUGGUGUGGUGGUAGUGCGAGGCUGCAUGAUAGAAUUCGUUUUCGUAAACAAGGGAAGGGUGAAGUGGUUGACGAGCAGCUGGUCAGCAUGGGAGAAAAUGGUUGGCUAUAUGAACGGUUGUCACCAUGAGAAGACUUCGUUGCGAGUCUUAAUUAUUCGAAUGUGGCAUUGAUAGUUAAAGCGCUAGUCAAUCAAAGUCAUUCAGCACCCAUGAAUUACUUUUGGUGUUGUUGUUUUUUUUUUAAUUUACACGUUAACUUAUUAUUAGAAAUAUAAAAUUUGUAAACAAAAUUAAUUACACAUUUGAUUAUAUCAUUUGGGUAACUGAAUCAUGCACCAUAAACAAUACGUACCAAGGAUUUCUGAUAUGAUUUCUUAUGUUAAACGUUUAAUUUUAAUACUAUUUUAAUAAUAGUUCUAGUACCAAAAAUUAUUUGUAAGGGUAUCUAUAUAAUAAUACGCCAGUUCCGUGUGUCUGUGACAGGCAAAGUGGA